AGAUGCUGGCGCCAUUUUCUGUUAUCGGUUUUUACGCGUGUGUAUUGCUGGUGUGCGGAUCGAGUUCUUACCACGUAGUUGCCUAACGUAUUUAACAUAUUUGUGCUUCUUUUAAGUUUUUGAUUAGAAGAAAUAGGAUAUGGGACGUAAAAAGAAGAAGCAAUCGAGACCAUGGUGUUGGUAUUGCAAUAGAGAAUUUGAAGACGAAAAAAUUCUUAUUCAACAUCAAAAGGCAAAACACUUCAAGUGCCACAUUUGUCAUAAAAAAUUAUAUACGGGACCAGGACUUAGUAUACAUUGUAUGCAGGUACACAAAGAAGCAAUAGAUAAAGUACCUAAUUCUUUGCCAAAUCGUAGCAACAUUGAAAUAGAAAUAUACGGAAUGGAAGGAAUCCCACCAAAUGAUGCUAAAGAGCAUGAAAGACAACGAAAUGGUGGUAGACCUGGAUCACCUAGUUCUGGGGAAGAUGAACCUGUACAAAAGAAGGCGAAGCCGGAAGGUUUAUUAGGUUCAGCACCGGGAGCUAUGCCUACGGGUUCUAGUAUCAUGUCUGGGGUAAUGCAGGGAAUGACAACACAUCCUGGUAUGCCACCAAUGGGUCAGUUCCCACCACCCAUGCAUCAUAUGAUGGGACCUAUGGGUCCAGUAGGUCCACCAUUUAUGGGACCUGGUAUGAUGCCUGGAAUGCCAGGUAUGCCACCAGGCAUACAACCACCGGUAUCUGGUACAUCCAUGCCACCAACAAGGCCAUUAUUCCCAAGUGCUGCAGCUGUUUCUACUGCUGCAUCUACGGCUGUGACAUCUACCCCGUUGGGUACAGAUUUUAAACCAAUUACAUCAGUGGCUGGUGGGUCUAUAGGACCGGUCAAGCCAACAUUCCCUGCUUAUAGCGGUACUGAAAGUAGUACCACGACUAAUAGUAACCUUGGUAGCGAACAAAAAGUUAAUCUUAUUGCAACAACAGGGGCUGCUAGUAAAAUUAUUCAUCCCCCUGAAGAUCUCAGUUUAGAGGAAAUUAGAGCAAGACUGCCAAAAUAUCAACGGCGGCAAACAGAGGAGUCCCGAUCGGUACAGGCUGAUGCCAAUCAACAGGCUGCAGCAUUACAGCAACAACAACAACAGCAGCAGCAGCAGCAGCAGCAGCAACAACAACAACAACAACAACAGCAGCAACAACAACAACAGCAGCAACAAGCAGCUGCUAAUGUAGCUGCUGCAUUUCAAGAUCAGCAGCAAAGACAACAAGCUGCAUUAAAUGCUCUUCAACAGCAACAACAACAAAGGUUUCAAAGGCCUCCACAAGCAGUAAUGGUACCAGCAUCAGCAGCAAUGCCUGUGAGCUCUGUUGCUCUUAUGGCACCAUUAAUGCGACCCACAAUGACCUUAGCUGCACCUGCUCUUAUUCAUGGAGGUAACAUGAUGCGACCGCCCCCCAUGGGCCUACCACCAGGGAUGAUAGGAGCCUUACCACCGGGUGCUAUGCAUCCGGCGUUUGCAGCUCCAAUGGGAUUUCCUGGUGCACCGAUGUUGGCUCCAAUGAUGCAUCCACGCUUUAGAUGAUCGCCUCCUAUGGACGGGCCCACUCCACCAUUGCACUUCGUGCUAUGGGCUCGCCCCUAAAAUCACAUUAGGGUUCGGACCUUUUGACCGAAAGAAGAGAAGAAGAGAAAACGAGAAGCACACACGCAAAAUACGUUAUCUCUCGCGUGGAAACAGUUCAUCGAACGGCCGCGCCUGCACUUGACGCAUCCUCUCCCACGAAGUUUACACGAAGUUAGCAAAAUCUUUGUUUUUUAUUAUAUCGUUGACGAACAAGACCACGCAUCUAUACGUUAGUGUCUGAGGGAGGAUUAUCUCGGCCGAGAUAUGGAAACGGUUGGAACCAUUUUCCGUCGUUACAAUUUUACAAAUUUUCUUCUGUCUCAUCAAAUGAAACUAAACAAAACCAUUACGUUUUUCUUUUUUUAUUUCUUCUUCUUCUUCUUCUUUUUUUUUUUUGCUUUCUUCUUUUUUUCCCUCUUCUUUUAAUCGUGUGAACUUUGCUUCUCGAGAUUCUAUUAUUACCGCUAUUACUACCACCAUUAUUAUUAUUACCACCAUUAUUAUUAUUAUUAUUAUUAUUAUUAUUAUUAUUAUUAUUAUUACUAUUAUUGUUUUGUUAUUCUUUUUCUCCUAAAUUAUGUAUAUUUUAUAUCUAUUGUUUCUAUCAUUUAUUUUAAAGAUUUCUAUCGUUGUCUUAUAUCUAUCGUUAUCUAUGUAAUAGAUAAACGCGUAAGAAAAAAGAAAAAAAAAAAGAAAAGGGAAGUUAUUAUCACAGAAUGACGUGUCAAAAUGAGUACGGUUCGAGUCCAGUUGUUCUUACUCUAACGAGUAAGUUUCUUUAUAAAAUUUAUAUAAUAUACUGAUAUAUAUAUAUAUAUAUAUAUAUUUUAUAAAGAAAUAUGUUGAACUCGUUACCUCUGAUACAGAGGAAAGAGGAGACGGCGCGAUAGAGUAUUU